CCGAGUGCAGCAGCUGAAAAACGUCGCUCGCUUUCGGCGAACGGGGGGGAAGAGAGGAACGAGAAAAAAAGGAGGUCUGGAGGAUCGGACGAGAGGAGAAACUUCGUCAAGGGUCGCGGAAAGCUGGAGAUGCGGUAGAGAGGAGAGCGGAGACGCACGACAGGUCGAAGGCUCAAACGUUGACGAGGGGACGCGGAGGCGCAGGAUGCAGUCUCGCACCCAGGACCAGCCGCUGGCGCCCGCCGCCGCUGCCGGCGCCAGGAAAUCCCACCAGUCCACCAACGGCAAGGAAGAAGAGCUGAACACAGACGCCGAGUCCAUGGAGGAGGAGGCGGAGUUCAACUGGGAGGAGUACAUGGAGGAGACGGGGACCACGGCCGCCCCUCACACCGCCUUCAGACACGUGGAGGUCAGCUUGCAGAGCAGCUUCCAGCCUGGCAUGAAGCUGGAGGUGGCCAACAAGGGCAGCCCCGAUACCUACUGGGUGGCUACCAUCAUCACCACCUGCGGCCAGCUGCUGCUGCUGCGCUUCAGCGGCUACGGGGAGGAUCGCAAAGCCGACUUCUGGUGUGACGUCAUGACCGCCGAGCUCCACCCGGUAGGCUGGUGCGCCCAGAACAGGAAGACCCUCAUGCCACCUGAAGAUAACAUUUACCUAAGAAAAGCCAUCAAGGAGAAACACAGCGACUGGACAGAGUUCCUCGUUAAAGACCUAACGGGCUCCAGGACGGCACCGGCUAACCUACUGGAGGGGCCUCUGAGAGGUAAGAACACGGUGGACCUGAUUGUAGAGGGCUCACUGAUGGAGCUCCGUGACCAGCUGGACCCCUUCUGCUGCUGGCCCGUCCGCGUCAUCCAGAAUGUCGGAGGGCGGCUCCGCCUGCGUUAUGUGGGACUCCGUGAUGAACAUCAGGCCCGGGACGUCUGGUUGUUUUAUUUGGACGUGAGGCUCCGCCCACUGGGCUGGGCCAAGGAGAACCACCUGUCCUUGGAGCCGCCUGCAGAGCUCCAGUCUCUAGAGAGCGCCCCCGAGUGGCAGCUGGCUCUGGAGGACGUGUGGAUCGAUGCAGAGAAAAGCCCACUGCCUCUGGAGGUGUUUAAGGACCACGCGGACAUACCCAAGCACUCCUUCAAGAUGGGGAUGAAGUUGGAGAUGGUGUCUCCAUGGGAACAGCUCAGAAUCUGCCCCGUCUCCGUCACCAAGGUUUUCAAUGAGAACUACUUCCAGGUCACACUGGAUGACCUCUCUGCUGAGGCCACGCCCCUCUCUCUGGUGUGCCAUGCUGAUUCGCUGGGCAUCCUGCCAGUCCAGUGGUGUCUAAAGAACGGUGUUGGCCUGGAGCGGCCCCGGGGCUUCCUGGGCCAGGACUUUGACUGGGCCGACUAUCUGAAGCAGAGCGGGACAGAAGCCGCCCCUGAUGCCUGCUUCCCCGACACGUGGAAAAACAGGGGCUUCACCAAGGACAUGUGGCUUGAGGCGGUGAACCCUCACCAGCCGUCUGAGGUGUGUGUGGCUCAGAUUACGCAGGUCAGAGGACGCCUGCUGUGGCUCCGACUGGAAGGCGUUGCCAAGCCUCUGUCAGAGUGCAUGGUGGAUGUGGAAUCUAUGGACGUCUUCCCCGUUGGCUGGUGUGAGGCCAACGCUUACCCCCUGACCACCCCGCUCAAACCUGUCUGCCAGAAGCUGAAGAAGAUCGCAGUGGUCCAGCCAGAGAAACAGGUGGCUCCGCCCCAGCCCAUCGAGCCCAUUCCUGUCAGCGUCUGCCAGCCUGUCGCCGUGGACCCAGGCUCGGCCAAUGGCAGAUACUGUUGUUCCAAGAUCUUUGUCAACCACCGGUGCUUCUCGGGACCCUAUCUCAACAAGGGACGCAUCGCCGAGCUGCCACAGGCGGUGGGACCUGGCAAAUGCACGCUGGUCCUGAAAGAGGUGCUGACCAUGCUGAUAAAUGCAGCCUACAAGCCGGGGCGCGUCCUGAAAGAGCUGCAGGAGGUAGAGGACCAGAGCUGGGACUGCCACGAGGAGACCCUCAAAGCCAAAUACAAGGGGAAAACCUAUCGGUCCACCAUACGUAUUGUCCGGCUGGCGGAGCAGAUUCCUGACUUCUGCCGCAAGGUCUGCGUGAAGCUGCAGUGCUGCCCCAACCUCUUCAGCCCGGUACUGGUGUCCGACAAGUGCCCCGAGAACUGCUCCGUACAGACCAAGACCAAAUACACUUACUACUAUGGGAAGAGGAGGAAGCUGUCCAAGCCAGUGGCAGGAGAGGAGUGUGUGGAAGGAGACCUGGCCAAGCCGACACGUCGCAGGAAGAAGAGGAAAGCCAUCUUUGUGCAGAAGAAGAGGCGCUCCUCUGCGGUGGACUACACUCCCGCUGGCUCACCACAGGACAGUGAUGAAGAGGAGGAGGAUGAAGACAUGGAAUUGCAGUCCGGCAGUGAGGAGGGAGCCAGCUCCGAGCCACGUGAGGACCACGUUGACAUGUACAACGCGGAAGCGACCAGCGGUCGCCCACGACGAGCCGUGACCCUGCGCAGGGACAGCAGCAAGGGCACAGGCACAGCCACGGGCAGCCAGGAGGGUCCUGAAGGUCGUAGAAGGUCCACCCGCUCGCUGUCGGCGUACAGCCAGAACAGCAAGUACCAGCCCCCAAAGAGACAGGAGGUCCAGGAUGUGGAGGAGGAGGAGGAGGAGGAGGAGGAAGGUCAGCUAGUUCUCGAGCGAAACCCUCUCGAGUGGAGCGUAGAUGAAGUGGUGCGGUUCAUUAGCUCCACAGACUGUGCCUCACUGGCCAACAUAUUCCAAGAACAGGACAUUGACGGACAGGCCUUGCUGUUGCUGACCCUGCCCACCGUGCAGGAGUGUAUGGACUUGAAGCUGGGUCCCGCCAUCAAGCUGUGCCACCACAUAGAGCGCGUCAAAGUCGCGUUUUACAGACAGUACGCCAACUGAGCCAGGAGCACGAACACACACGUCUCUGAACCGGAGGGCGCGGAGCAGUGCUGGUUACCUGGCCAGACGGUUUGGCUGUCAGGAAUGUUUGCCAUGAAUGGGAAAUGUUGGAUUAAAGGCCUCGAGGUGAAGCUCGCUGGAAUACUCGGCACCCGUCUGAGUUUUGAAACCCCAUCGAAUCUCCUUGAUUUGCAGACUUCCCCCUCGUGAGGGCAGCGUAUUGGAUUAGAAACAAGUGACGUUAGAAUAAUUCGUGGGAGGUGUUUCCAUACAGGGAGUUGGGAGAAAUUCCCGACAUGGGGUAACUUGGGUCUCUGAGGGCGUUUUCAUAUUAGGUACGAUUGCCUCGUACCAUGCCUGAGUACGAUUGCCCCCACCUACCCACCCCCGCCGCUCAGCUUUCACAUUAGUAAUGUUGUUCCGUAUCCGAGUACACUUGCGUAGCUACACACUCCGAUACAGUAGGUGGCGGUAUACACCUAGUUGGUUUGCGGUCUGCCAAUACACAAAGAAGGAAGAGAACACUUGCAUCAUCAACUAUGUGACAUUUGUUUAUGUUGUCGCUCCAGUGUCGAAAAGGGCGCCGGUCGCAAGAUCCCAAGAGCCCGUGCCAUGGAGUCGACCUUCACACCAUGUGCACUGUUACUGAUAUUUUGGAGAAAAUGUCAAGAACGAGCCUCUCACCUGCCUUCCAGCUUUAUCAGCCAUGGCCGCGGAGGUCACAGGACGAGAUCGGCUCGUGUUCCGCGCUACGCGUAUGCAGAUGACAUCACCCUGGCAGUCCACUUCCUGUUUUGGGGCAGUAGUUUUUACACCUGAUAUGGAACCGUACAAUGUGAGCCGUACUGGAGACCACCUAGUACAUGCCGUUCACACUAAUCAGAAGAACUGGCCUUUGGGAGUCAAGUGUACUCGGAUCCGGGGCCUGGAGCCGCUGAUGUGAAAGCCUUCUGAGACACUGUCCCCCGAUAGAAGGCCUGGCGGAGGGUUUCACAUUGGACUCGGGCCACGUGCGUUACCAGUCUGUGAAGACAUUGUGUUGAAAAGCUGAGGAUUCGUUUGAGAACAUUUUUUUCUUUUUUAAUUUUGUUUUAUUUGCAUUUCCAGAUAUUUUCUUUGUGAUAGAGAAGCAUCACUGCAUUUAACUUAUGGCUAUUGUCUUUUGAGGCCCCCCCCCCCGUUUGUGUAAGAUAAUUGGUUUUGGAUCAAAUAUAAUUGAUAAAUAUUUAAUAACCCAAGAAAUAAUAUAUUUGAAAUAUUUAUUGUUACCCUUAUUUAUGAGGAGGAAUAUAUCCACUCAGACGUAGAGGUAAAAAUUGGAUGGAUAUAGUAUAAUGUAGACCUCCCUUGGUGUCCUCUUCUCAUCGGAGCCAGUUAUUUAUUUCCAAGAUGCAAAUCAACAACCGGCCUUUCUCCAGAUCUCCAUCCCAGUUCACCUCCGUGAAGCAGAGAGACUCUCAGCCUGACGUGUGAAGCUGGGAAAAGAAGAGAAACCCCCCCCCUCCUGUUCAUUUGAACCCAGCUGUGAUUUCCUUCUCAUUUGUGUAUUUACGCAAAACAAUCACGUAAGCUAUUUUGUGUCCAUCUAUGCAAACGUGGUGCAGAUAUUUUUGAUAAAUAAGAAAAUAAAUUUCUACUGAUUUUU